AGUGGUAAAGGUUAUUAUUCACUGCAACGGUGCGACCCCAUAUUUUCAAAGAUGGGCACUCAGAGCUUCGCCGGAAUCCGGAUUCUUUGCCGGAAUCUGUUGCUUUUAAGGGAAGGAUCCGGCAUCCAAUGGCUGAUCGGCUCGCCCUUCUUCCCUUCGCCAACCAUUGUCUCCACCGUCCGCUGCCUCCACACUCUUCCCUCCAAUCCCCUCUUUCCUGACCUAGCUAAGGAAUUAGAUGAUAUCAGAAGCCUGAUUCCGAGGGGCUUUGAAGUGAUCGGAGCAUUGGUUGUUCACGAUAAGGAUGGAACGAAGGCAGAAAAGGUCGCAGGUGAUGCUAUUUCAGCUGUUGGGAGUUUUAGGAAAGCCCAGUAUGGUAAUGACCGUGAAGAUCCGGUUUUGAUUGGAGCUGUACUGGAUCUCAAUAGUAGCAGUAGCGAGCGUGAUCUUCAGUUUUUCAUAUCAAGCACAGGAAAUUCAUAUAAGUUGGAAAAAGUUAGCAGUGUCGUUUAUGUGGAUCAGCCCGAGAAGGAAGUCUGGGAGAGAGGUUGUAUAGUUUGUUGCGAACUUCCUCUGAAGUUGCCUUUGUAUUAUGCGUCCGACAAUGCAAAUGCUGUGGAAGGUGCAUAUGCACAAGCUAUUACAGCCGUGGAAAGAAAACUUCGAGACCCACAAGUUGCAUACAUCAUUGAAACCCAAGAUAGACCUUCAUCUGGUGGACCUCAGCCUGUCAUUCUUCAUGGAUUCGAGUUGGAUCCUGCAGCUGAGGAUCUCCCUGAAAAUGCCGUUAAUGCUGUUAUACUGGAAUCAGAUGAAGACUCCUUUGCAAAAUCUCGUACCUGCUCAUACUUUUUUUCAGAAACUAAGGAUAUCGCAUCCUUUAACUCUGUGGAGGAGAAUGCAGAUAUAAUUGUAGUCAGCGUCAUGUUUAAUGGAUCUAAAAGUAAUGUCGAACCUGCUGCUCCGAUUGCCGAAUACUUUCCAGCACUUGGAGAAGCUAAACUUCUGGUUGUUAAUCAUAAACUAGAAGUGUUAUCCUAUUGUACAAAGGAUCUGCGGUUGACAGAUAUUAUCUCAAAGUUAAUUAUCCCUGGAUUAGUUGAUCAGCUACACUCAUUAAAGAACAAGAUAUUGCCAGAUCUCCUAACACAGCAGCUACAGCUAAGGCCAUACCACUUCAUGCCUCCCGGCUUUCUACAUCCAAUCACUGUUAUGUACGAGCUCAGCUAUGGGGAGACAGAAAUGAAGCAAGUUGAAGCUCGAAGAUCCCUUCACUUGAGGCUAGGGUUGCCAUUUGAUCGCCCUCUUUUGAGGAUUGCUAAUGCAAUAAAUUUAUCGCCAAUACAGGACAGCACUAGGGGCAAAUCAAAUCCAAAGGUGGGCUCCUCUUUGCUAAAAGAUGUUCAUCAUGGUAUUCCAAGCAGUGGAGUAUCUGGUGGCCAUGUCUCUUUAAUCCAGGGUUCCUAUGAAUAUUAUCAUUACCUUCAAGAUGGAUUUGAUGAUUCGGGCUGGGGUUGUGCUUACCGCUCUCUGCAAACAAUUGUUUCAUGGUUCAAGCAACAACACUAUACUUCCAUUGAUGUCCCCUCACAUAGAGAAAUACAGCAGUCGCUAGUCGAGAUUGGUGAUAAGGACCCUUCCUUCGUUGGGUCACGUGAAUGGAUUGGCGCCAUCGAGUUAAGUUUUGUUUUGGACAAGCUACUUGGUGUCAGUUGCAAAGUCAUCAAUGUGAGGUCCGGAUCUGAGCUCCCGGAGAAAUGCAGGGAGCUCGCCUUGCAUUUUGAGACACAAGGCACUCCUGUCAUGAUUGGAGGAGGGGUUUUGGCUUAUACGCUAUUGGGGGUCGACUACAAUGAAACAAGUGGAGAUUGUGCGUUUCUCAUACUCGACCCUCACUACACAGGCAACGAGGACCUGAAGAAGAUAGUGAAUGGCGGGUGGUGUGGAUGGAAGAAGGCGGUCGAUAACAAGGGGAAGCAUUUCUUCUUGCACGAUAAGUUCUACAAUCUUUUGCUUCCCCAAAGACCUGACAUGGUAUAACCGAGUUACUACGGCUACUUGCUACUUUUUCUUUCUAUACCUUCAAAAUCGGAAUUCUCUUCUACAAUUGGUUGAUGAAUCCUUGUCUGGAAAACGUAGUUUUUGUAUCUAACUUUCCUAGAAAAUUACUAGCGUUUCUGUGAAACAUCA